AUGGCCACCGACUACAGCUCAUUGAAGGUUCCUGAGCUGAAGAAGCUUCUCCAGGAGAGAAGUCUUCCCGCCACCGGCAAUAAGCUUGACCUGGUCAACCGCCUGAAGGAGAACGACAAGGAGGCCGCGCCUGCCGCCGCAGAAGAGGACGAGAUCGAUUAUAGCGACGACGAGCCCGCUCCUGCCAAGGCCAGCGACGCUCCCAAGCCCGUCGCCGAGCCUGUACCGGCCGUCGCCGAACCUUCUCCCGCCCCAGCUGCCGCCGCUGAGCCCGCCGCGCCUGCGCCUGCUGAGGCUGCCCCCGAGGCCGCGCCUGCCGCGACGGCCGAGGAGACCACCACCGAAGAGAAGAAGCCCGAGGAGGAGGCCGCGCCCAAGGAGAACUAUGCGCUCAACCUCGGCGCCACCGACGCCUCAGAAGAAGCCAAAAAACGCGCCGAGCGUGCCAAGCGCUUCGGUAUUGUCGAGGAGGACGAAGAGGCCAAGAAGAAGGCGGAGCGCGCGAAGCGUUUCGGCGAAGACGACAAAGCUAACACCUCGGCAAUUGACUCCGCUCUCCCCGAAAGACGUCCCAAGCGCGGACGCCCUGAACGUAACGACGAGCAGCAGGGCCGUGACGCCAAGCGCCAGAGCACCGACGGCCGUGGGCCCCGCGGCAGAGGUAACAGGAACAACCGCCAGGGCGGUGGUCGUCAAGGUGGUGGUGGUGGUGGUGGUGGCCGCGGCGGCGGUGGCGGCGAGAGACGCAGUGCUGCUGUCGACCCUGCCGAAAAGGCGAGGAUGGAAGCCAGAGCGAAGCGUUUCGCUGCUUAG